UGUUGGCAAAGUUUCUUAGUAAUUGAAUAUUCACAGUAAAAGAAGAAUGGAUUAUGAGUUUAAACGCCAAAAAGCUGCCGAACGACAAAAAUUAGAAGAUUUAUUUGACUUUGAGGGAUGCAAGGUUGGAAGAGGAACAUAUGGCCAUGUAUACAAGGCCAAAAGAAAGGAAGGGUGCGAUUUGGGAAGAUUUGAAAGCAAAGAAUAUGCCUUAAAACAGAUUGAGGGCACAGGAAUAUCUAUGUCAGCAUGUAGAGAAAUUGCUUUGCUGCGUGAGCUGAAGUACCCCAAUGUGAUCAGUCUACAGAAGGUCUUUCUGUCUCAUCAAGACAGGAAAGUCUGGCUUCUCUUUGAUUAUGCAGAACAUGACCUUUGGCACAUUAUAAAAUUCCAUCGAUCGGCAAAAGCCAACAAAAAACAGAUUGAUGUCCCAAAGAACAUGGUGAAAUCACUGUUGUACCAAAUCCUAGACGGAAUUCACUACCUCCACGCCAACUGGGUGUUACAUCGAGAUCUGAAACCUGCCAACAUCCUUGUGAUGGGAGAGGGUGCAGAAAGAGGCAGAGUAAAAAUAGCUGACAUGGGCUUUGCAAGAUUAUUUAACGCCCCCCUGAAGCCUCUGGCUGACCUUGACCCUGUGGUUGUGACCUUUUGGUACCGAGCUCCAGAACUUUUACUUGGUGCUAGACAUUACACUAAAGCUAUUGAUAUAUGGGCUAUAGGGUGUAUAUUUGCAGAACUCUUAACAUAUGAACCAAUAUUUCACUGUCGACAGGAAGACAUUAAAACAAGUAAUCCAUACCACCAUGAUCAGCUGGACCGUAUAUUUAAUGUCAUGGGCUUCCCGCUAGAAAAAGACUGGGAAGAUAUCAGAAAAAUGCCAGAACACAGCACAUUAACCAAAGACUUCAAGCGAUCCAACUAUUUAAAUUGUACAUUGGUAAAGUAUAUGGAGAAACAUAAAAUAAAAGCAGAUAGCAAACAGUUUCACUUGCUCCAGAAACUGCUGACUAUGGACCCUACAAAGAGAAUCACUUCAGACUAUGCAAUGAAGGACCCCUACUUCACCGAAGAACCUCACCCCUCACAAGAUAUAUUUGAGGGAAAACCCAUUCCUUACCCCAAGAGAGAAUUUCUGACAGACGAAGAUGACGACAAAGCAGACACAGGGGCCAGUAAGGCCAAUGACCAGUCUUCUAACCACACACAGCCAUCGAAGCGUGUCCGCGUGAUGCCGCCCUCCACCACUUCCACCAGUUCUACUAUGGUAACUAGUGACUACCAGGGAAACAGCUGGCACACACACAAGUCUAGUCACAUGCACAAUGUGCAGGGUGGUAACCAGCCGGGGAUGACGUUCACGUCCGGCGGUGUACAGACCUCGACGACCUCCACAACGAAUUACGGACAGUCGUCCAGAUUCUGAUCCCAGGGAUAUUGAAGCACAGGAGGAAUACUGCAGAAGUUUUUACCAAUCUUCUCAGCUGGUGGAAAAUAUCUAGCAAGACUCUGCAAUGUGGGACUUGUAAAAAUUGUUUUUUCCAGAUUGAGGUGGAUGCUAGAAAGUUUUAAAAAUGCACAAAAGAUCUUUCUCCACAUCAGAUCAUUUUAACUUCCCUCCUCACAGUUUCUGUACCGCUACUUAUGUUCAUCGGAGACAGGAGUUUUGUAGUAGGCAUGGAGUUUUUGAGGGUACCUCCGGGUAGUCAAUGUUUUAAAAAAAUGAAUGUUAUACAUGUAUGUGACGUAGUAGGUGCUGCAGGUGACUUGUAAAAUGUUGUAAUUCAUUAACAUUUAGAAUUAUCACGUAAGUCUUGUGAUAAACAGCAAUCAGUUAUCUGAAUUGUGAUUCUUAGGUCAUAUUGACACAAAUAAGGGUCAAUCAUGAAUCAUGCACAAUAAAAUAUAUUUGUGUA